AUGCCUGAACAUCUGCAGGCAAACACUGUUUACUCCGGUCCAUCUCAAGUUCCAUCCGGACCGGUUAGAAACGUGUCAAUUUCGAGGCAUGACGACCGUCCAAAUCGCCAGCCUCUUUCUUCUCUCCUCUGCCCGCCCACUGCAACCUGGUCAGAGCAAAGAAGCCGUGCUGCCAAAGUUGGCAGCAGUGGAACGUUUGUUCGUCUUGCGCAACUGUGGCCAACAAGCCAAGUGCCGAUCUGGUGUGAAGUCGCGCAGAUGGUACAUUUUGCUCCGUUGAUACUCUGUACUCUGUCAUUAUCUAACCCAAAGGCAUCCACUAGUCGUCUUCUUAUUCAGACAACCGUUCUGCCUAAAGGGGCUAAGAUGACUGGUAUGGGGGUAUUUUUAGGCAUUUAUUUCAUGCUCGCGGCUAGAGCUGGAAAAUAUUUACCAGACAGUCUCAACUUUUAUGUUGAACAAGUGGGGUUGACGGGCAUUCUUAGAAUGUCCGUGAAUACAAGGGAUCUGCCGGCUAGUUUCAACUAA